GAUACGUUACCCACACUUUUUUUAUAUGAAACUGUCAUUUAUCAACAUAACCUAACUAAUUCUGUAUUUUUUGAAAAUGUUCUCAUCUAAAUUAUUACAAAAAAAUAUAAUAAAUACAAAAACCGUCAAUUGCAAUUUUCAUUUAACGAGUCAAAUAAAUGAAAUACAAAAAUUGACAAGACUACGGGUAGUAGAUAAUAGUGAGAUUGGAAAACAAGCGAUGGCAGAAGGAAAACCCCCUAGAUGUAUUCAUGUGUAUAACAAAACUGGUGUGGGAAAAAUAGGAGACCAAGUAUUAGUGGCUAUUAAAGGUGAAAAGAAAAAAGGAAUCUUAGUGGGAUUGAAACAAAAUCAAAAUCCGAAAGUACCAAAAUUUGAUAGCAACAAUCUUGUAUUAAUUGACGAUAAUGGCACUCCAUUAGGUACUAGAAUACAUGUACCUAUACCAACUAUUCUUAGAAGCAUUUUAAAAGCGAAGACACACGCUAAAGGUGCUGAUUACACAAAAUUGUUGGGAAUUGCCUCAAAAUUUGUUUGACUAGAUUUAAUUUGUAGCCAAUUUUAAGACAAUAAAAUUUCGUGUUCAUUCUUUACUGUCUUCCAAAUCUUUUCUAUGGCAACUUGUUCUCUAGAUUUUACUGCUUAAUUUGUAGUAUUUCAGGUAGUCUCUAGGUCUUCUUAUAGUAGCUUCUUCAGUGGAUAUGGUAAUUACAUUUUUUCAAUCUGCUGCAAAUAUACAGUUUGUAUCUUUGAAGAGUUUUGAUUGGUAGAAAAUGAAACACAAACAUUUACAGCUCAGUAUUUUUAUUGAAAUAUUCAGAAUUGUACAAGCAACACAACAUAACUAUAAUAAAAGCACAUACCUAACUGUGCAGUGAAUUAAUCUGACCAGACCACAAAGACUAUUAAUAGUUAUUGUAUCACAUUAACAGAACUAGUGAAAAGUAUACACAUAUUUACAAAUUAGACACAACACCUGAAAGUGUUCAGAGCCAUAUGUUUAAAUAAUAAUAUGUAUCAAUAUAGCUGAUAUAAUAAUAAAUAUUCUUUCAAAUAAACAAAAUAAAGGUAGAUAUAUUUUUAAAACGCAAAAGUUGAUCAUUUGAAGAUAAUAACUGCUUUCUAUUUAUGUUUAAGUGAACUGAAACACUCAGUUAUGUAUGCUAUAAUCAAAUAAUGACGUCACUGUUUUCAUUAAUAUAGUAUUGUGUAUUUAUUUGCUUAUUUUGAUGACAAAAUCUGACAACGUGAUGUCCUACAGACCUAAUAACGUUAUUAGGUCUGUGGUUAUGUCUCACUUGUGAAGCUGAAAAGGAACGUGCACUGAACUGAGUUACGACGUUACAAGUGAGAAUAAUCUGAGUUGGGAUGGGAAACAGCUAAUAACUUUUAUUGGAUCGUUAGAAGAAAUAUUUCAAUAUUGUUUAUGUUUUAUAUAUAGACAUUUGCCUUAAUAUGAAUUUCACUAAUUUUGCGAGUAUAUAGAGUGAUACAAAAACAUCAAGCAGUCCAUAAAAAUUCAUUAUAUCUAUCCCAAUACAUAUCGUAAAGGAAUUUUAAUUCUAUUCUGAGCCUACCAUAGUAACGAAUUUUUCCGGUUUAUAAAUUUAUAUUAAUGAGAUGGCAGUGUUAAAUUAUAAGCUUCCGUAAAACAACUGGUGUUGUUCAAAACUUAUUUGCCGCAAAUACUUGCGAGUCAUGAUUAGUUAUCGAAUUUCUUACUAAGACUGAAGUUCCAUUUUUGUAUUUCUGGAUUAUAUUUAUUAUUUUCGAAAAAAAUUAAUCCGAAGAAAAUGAAAUCAUAAAAUGAACACACAAAAACAAUCUAGAAUACACUUCCUUAUAUUUAUAAUAUAAUUAAUAGACUCAGAAUAAAAAUAGGUUUGGACUUCGCUUACACAGCUUAGUUUUAAAAACGAUUAGGAUCAUAGUAGAGGCCAUUCGACUUACAGGUUACUCCGGAAUAGCAUAGUAAAAUAUUAAUAUUAUCAAUUCAUAUAAAUACAAUCACAGUAACAAAUGGAAUCAUUAAAAGAUAAAUAAUCCUGAUUUAGUGAGUGGUAUUUCAUUGGUAUAUUUUUUAAAAGAUAUUUUAAGGAUAUUUUUGAUUUUUGAGGCUCUUUACUUUUAAAUGUUUUUGCUGUUUAGUCAAGGACAUAAAUGUCGAUUAAAAAAUGCCAAUCACAAUCAUGAAAUAAAAAAAUAUUUAUAAACAUAACAAUAAUAAAUUGUUGAAAAUAUCGAGAUAUUUAAAUGUAAGAACAGUUUAAAUGAGGACAAUGGGCCUUAAGGAAUGAGUGUAAAAUUUCCCCUCUGAGAUAGAAGUGUACUUUCUGGAUUUGUUUUUCGUGGGAGGAAGUUCAUGGGUUGGAAUAUUUUAAUAUAAAUAGUUAUGUUGUUAAUAUGUUUUAAUUUACCUUCGGUCUCUGAAGACGAUAACUUUGUUAUCAAAACGCGCCAGACAGUGUAAUUUGUGAGUGUUGGUGUACUGGUAGUGUAAACAAUGUGUUCAGUAUGAAUAUAAUCAACAGUUCAAGAAAUAGUUCCAGGCAAAUAUAAUGAUAACUACUUUUGGAUUUUCAAGACGAGAAGUGGAAAAUAUUUUUUUAAAGGAAGAGAAUAUUUAAACUAAAUUAAAAAUUCCUUGGCGUAAAACAUUUAUUUUGAAAAAAUCAAAAAUAAUCCCUAAUUUUGUGUAUUAAUCAAACCACUUGAUAAAAGAUAUACCAAAACUACAUUCCAUUCAAUAAUUAUUAAAGAUAGACUUACAGUUACAUCUAUUAUUAAAGUUUUAUUAUUACUAUCGCUACACCCAGUCUUACUUCAACUUUAUUACCAAAUCUCUAAUUCAAAGCAAUAGCAGUGCAAACCAUGAAACAACUUUGUUAAUAACGAAAUGGAUAAAGCUCCCUUAAAAAUUCUAAUAAACAAAGCAGAAGUCAAUGGUAUAAUUUUUCUCAACUUUUUUAUAUUCCCACUAUUAUCACAGCAAGUUCAAUUUACAGAAAUUAUACAGAAUGCUCAAGAGAAAUUUAUUUUUAGGUUAUAGAAAAAUCCAUUCUAUUGCUUACAAUUUUUUUAUUCGAUUCUUUUAGUUAAAAAGCAAUAGACAGGAAUCAUUUUUUUUCGCAUAGUUCGAAAUUCGUUUAAUCAAAUUUACUUACUUCUUAUAAAGUAUGGACCCAAGCAAAUAUAUAUUAUAGUAUUUAGAAAUUACUCAAGUAAGUACUACAAGUUGAGUUAUUUUUACACUAUUCGACAUUGUAAUUUUUUAGGUGUUGGCAUAUAAUGAAUGUUCAAUUUAGAAUAAGUUUGAAUUAAUAACACUAAAAUAUGAUGUAAGAACUAGUUAUUACUUACAUUUCUCCCAGAAAUAACACCGUUUAAAAUGUUAUUUCUCAUACACAAGAGUAAUUACUACAUAUAUAUACACUAUGGAUAGGUAUUUAGAUUUUUUCAUUGACAAAUGAUAUAAUAAAUAUCAAAAUUGUAAAUUUGAUGUGAAAUCUAAGUUUUCCUACGACCACUUAUAAAAAUGAUGAUUGCACACUCAUUUUUACCUAAGAAAGUACACAGGUACUUAAAAUAACAAAACAUACAUGUAUUCAUAUGUUAUAUAUGGUCUCGAACGAUAGAGGGAAUACGCGAAUACAAUAUGAAUCUGGCUGGGUGCCGAAAGGCAAAAGGCUAAAUUUAAGAAGACUGAAGAACUAGACAAUAUGAUUUACAAAUUCACUUAGUAAUUGUUAUGAUGAACAACUUUACAUUCAACUUUUAUAACGUCUCAGAAAAAAAGUAAAAAACAAAAUCAUUAAGAAUUAUUUAGUUCUUGUUAGGUACCUAUCUAAUCUAUUUAGUAUAAAAAUUUAUUGUUCUAUGGGUUUUUUAGUUAUAAAAUAUUUCAUAAUCAUUCUUUCUGUGUUUGUCAUCUCUAUUAUAUAUUACAAAAUAAAAAAUAUUUUGUAGUAUAUUUUUCAACAUAUGUGUUGAAAUACUUUUCAACGCAUGCGUCAUAUUGUUUAAUUGACUUUCUUAUUUAAAAAAUACGUUUUUUUGAAGAAUUUUUUACGUGGUCGUAGGAAACAUAUUGUACAUAACUCAUUAGAGAGUGUAUUUCGCAUUCGUUACGUUUCAGCACUCGCUGCUUUCAAACAUACAAUGCAAACAAAAGCUUAUUUGUUUAAAAAUAAAACAAUUCCUUUUGUUCUGGAGAACCAUCUUCACGUCCCAAUAUUAAAAACUGAUAUUACAUCUGCUUUGCUUAUCUAAAAUUGCUUAUAAUAGUCUGUUUAUAAUAAAAAAAAUAAUGAAACCAAGUAAUUUGUUAAUGAAAGAUUCAGGUUUGGUAGAGAGCAUUAUAAAUUUUUUGUCUUAUUUCGAAAUUAUUCUAUUUUGGUUUCUGUACAAAAUGGCAGUGUUCGGGAAUACAAUAUAUUGUAGUUAAAAUGAUGUGGGAAAAAGUAAUAUAACUUGAAAUAAUCACACACAGUUAAAUUUAACUUUUCGUAUACUUGGUACCUAAAUUCAUUAUCAUUUUGUUUUAUUACUUUUUCCAUAUCUCUAUAAUAUUGACAACGUAUUGAAAUAAAAUAUUUUUUGUUCAAAAUAUUUGUCGUUUGAGAAUGUUGAAAUAGUUUUUUCAGUAAUAUGACAAAUUAUUUUCUAUGCAGACUAAAUGAUUCGAAACCUUAUCCUAAAAUUUUGCUCAAGAAGCAAAUGCAGUACUGCACUAUAAGCCAGAAGUAAUAAGUUUUUGCCUAAAAUCAAUUAAAAA